AUUACACUGGCUGUUGAGUAGGUGGGACGCAAGCGUCCCACUGGCCCAGAGAGGUUAAAAUUGUGUAAAAUAGUUGAUUGUUUGAGAAAAUUGAAUUGUGGUAUUUUAGUUGGUUUUGUAUUUCGCGCCAUGCGAUGCCAUUGGCUGUUGGCUAUGGGUUCCGCUGGCGGAACGUCUAGAUGCAAGAGGUUAAAGGCCGACACGUCCCGAGUGUUCUACGUGCCAAAGAAAUGCAAAAAUGUGGUACUUAUGAGUACGCUGCAUAGGGACGGGAGAAUCUGUGGCCAGGAACAUCAAAAACUAGAAAUCAUAAUGGAUUACAAUGCCACAAAAGGAGGGGUGGACAAUUUAGACAAGCUGGUGACUGGCUGCAGCUGCAAAAGAAGAACCCUACACAGGCCACUUGAGAUGUUCAAUAUCUUGGACUUCUCAGCGUACAACGCAAUUGUCAUCUGGAUGGUGUUGAACCCAGAUUGGAACAGAGGGAAGCUCCAGAAGAGACAGCUCUUUCUCGAGGAGCUGGGCAAGGCAUUGGUAAGACCUCAAAUCCAGAGGAGGCAACAUAUCCCAAGGAACCCUGUGAGGAGGAUUCAGGAGGAGGAUGCUGGUUCCCCAUCUGCCCGACCCACAGAACCAACAACUCCAAUACCGGAAAUUGCAGCUGGUAGCAACAAGAAGAAGCACUGUGAUGUGUGUGAACCCAAGAAGGACAGGAAGGCACAGUACACACACAUCAAGUACAAGAAAUGCAUUUGCAACACACAAACUCCGUCCCUCAUGUGGUGUGUAGACCGGCCUUAAUUUGUAUUCAAUGUGGCUAAUUUAUAAUUUCCAUAAAACAUUGUAUGUAACAAAAUGUAGAACGAAUAGCUCUUUUAUUGCUAAAUGUGAUCUAGCAUAGGUAAAUGGCAAAUAUUAACCAUGUAUGCUGUCUGUAUUGCUGGUAAUUGAUAUAAGUCAACAUCUAAGUAUUAAGAAUUAAGUAUUUUAUGUAA